UCUAAUUAUCUAACCUAAUGACUUACCAAAAACCUAACGUCUAUCUUUCCGGCUCGCUGGCCCUCUUUGCCUAAAUUUCAGAGUCAAACGGCGACUUACGACCCAUAAUCCGAUCCGCACAACUCUCUCUUGCUUCGGUUUGGGAUUGCGGAUAAGAUGUGCCGUCAGAAUUCUUGUGCUCAAUUGUCUGUAGAAAAGAAAACUGCAGCUGAAGAGAGUCUACUAAUAUAUUGCAAGCCUGUUGAACUAUACAAUAUUCUUCAGCGCCGUGCUUUACACAAUCCUUCAUUUCUUCGAAGAUGUUUGCAUUACAAAUUACAAGCAAGGCGUAAAAGGAGAUUGAAGGCUGGAAUUGUAAUUUUCAACUAUAGAGAUUACAACAACAUGCUACAGAAGACUGAAGUAACUGAUGACUUCUGUUGUCCAUUUUGCCUGAUGCAAUGUGCAAGCUUUAAGGGUCUUCGGUAUCAUUUGUGUUCUUCACACGACCUAUUCAACUUUGAGUUUUGGGUAACUGAAGAGUAUCAGGCAGUGAAUGUCUCUGUGAAGAUUGAUAUAUUAAGAUCUGAGACCGUAGCUGCUUCAGUGGAGCCAAAACUGCAAUCAUUUUUGUUUUGCUCAAGGCCUCGAAAGCUUAGGCGAAAGGAACUUGAUCAAAAUGAAAAGCUUGUUAAUGUACAGUUCCUGGAGUUGGACUCACCCAGACCAGUCGGGGAACAUAUGCAUAAUGGUUUUUUGGAGAAGGAUGAUGAUGUUCAAUCAUGUAAAGGCGAGAUGGUUUCCAAGUCAUUUCCUAGUGUAAAAGAAAUGCAUAAUGGAAGGGUUGGAGGAAACUAUGGUCCUGAUUAUCCUGGUGCUGCUGGGUGCAUAGAGCGUGUUGCAUCCAGUUCUAAUGUUCCUGGCGUUUCAAUUGCCAUGGCUCAAUCUUCUGUUGAUCCUGAAUGUGUUAAAUCAGUAUCUGGAAGUGAUCCUGCAGUCCCUGCCAAAGCAAGGAAAUCAAGCGCUGAGCGGUCAGACCCUAGAAACCGUGUACUCCUGCAGAAGCGACAGUUCUUUCACUCUCACAGAGUUCAGACUAUGGCAUUAGAUCAAGUACUUUCAGACCGGGAUAGUGAAGAUGAAGUUGAUGAUGACAUUGCGGAUCUUGAGGAUCGAAGGAUGCUUGAUGACUUUGUGGAUGUUACAAAAGAUGAAAAGAAGCUUAUGCAUCUUUGGAACUCAUUUGUGAGAAAGCAAAGGGUGCUGGCAGAUGGUCAUGUUUCCUGGGCAUGCGAAGCAUUUUCGAAGCUUCAUGGACAAGAACUCAUCUCAUCUCCAGCUCUCUUUUGGUGUUGGAGGUUAUUCAUGAUCAAACUUUGGAAUCAUGGUCUUCUUGAUGCCUGCACAAUGGACAACUGCAGUUUAACUCUUGAAAAAUUCAGAGAUGAGGGAUCAGAUGCUAUGAAAAGCUAACGAGGAGAUUAUUAGUUUCUUUAGUUCUAAAGCAAAUGGAUAUGAUAUUUCUAGUUACAUUUUUUCUUUCUCGCUCCCUCCGCCAAACAAGCAAAAAAAAGGUCUUGCUUAUACGUCAAUCAUCGAUUCAAAAGAAAUGAGAUUCAUAUUCUUUUCACGGCAGCGAAAGGAACCGGGGCUUCCAUCUCAGUGAUGUAUCCAUCCUCUUAAUAAAUGAGCCUCUGGUUGUUUUAAAUUUGUCGAGGAAAGCGGUCUAGACUUGUGACAACGGCAUUUCCAACCCAUGGGAUGUAUAAUCACACCCUAAUCUUAGCAUUUCUUUCAUCUUAUAGAUUGGUUGUAAAGUAUGAGUUAUACCUCACACACACUUAUUUGUUUCCUUUUAUUUUGACAUCUCCUUCUUUUAAGCUGCAAUUGGAUCAAACAUUUGAAUUAUCAUGAUAUUAGAGUGGCUCUGUAUGGUUUCUACAGGCACAUCAUGUUGAUGAGAUCUUUCUUGAACCAUUA